UGGACGAGAAGGUUAACCAACGUUACGUAAAAAAACGAAAGUGUUGUUGGCAUAGUAACGAAACGGUAUUGAAUUUCAUUCCAGCAGAGAAUGUGUAAUCAUGACAUUUCAUCAUCGGAACCACCUUUAAUCCCGAGUUCGUCGUCGUCAUCCUCGACAAGUAGCAAUCCUUGUGCUUCUUUAAGGACCAAUUUGCAACCUCAGACGACGGCAAGUUCAAUAUCUUCGACGUCUUCGGCGUUAUCGACAUCUUCGAUAUCUUCGGCUUUUUCGACAUCUUCGACAACUUCAGCAUCGUCGAUAUCGUCGACAUUUUCGGCACCUUCGACAUCGUCGACUUUUUCAAUAUCUUCAGCAUUGUCGACAUCUUCGACAUUUUCGACAUCUUCUACUGAAGAGGAGCCCGACAUGGCGCAAGUCAUGACGACGUUACGUGUCCUGUCCCAAGCGACGUUAUCAAGAAGACAACAAUUUCCUUCAACUUCAUCUUCGACAAGUAGUUCGUCAUCAGUGACAUGUCCAAAUUGUCACCAAUCUGUUAACGUCACCCCAGGACAACAAGCAUUAUCUAAUCGGGAGGCUAUUAUGGAAAAUUUGAGACAAUUGGAGGCGCAGCUGCGAUCUCGCGGGGUGGCGCUACCCGCCUGGGUGCAGGCGUACCGCGCCGGCGAUACGAUCAAAGCCGCCAAACUGCUCCACCUCAGCUACACGGCGGGUGGAAGGAGUGCCCUCCAGCGACCACGUGCCAGCCACGUGCUUCAGGAAGCCACCUCAACCACAACAUCAGAACAGGAAACGUCGUCAACAUCUGCGCGAGAAGUUAGCGAAGACAGAAAUUUAGAAUCUUCUAGCGAUGAAAGUAAUAAACGGAUUCGUUUAAAUUCUGAUUUCUCGGCAUCAAAAUGAAUGGUGCAAAAACAUAGAAGAUUAUUUGGCAAGUUUUUUGGACCGUCUUUUUGGCAUGGCAUGAUUAAUGCAAAAAAAGUAGUUGGAUUUGAAAAAGUUCGACAUUCAGGAUCGUGGAAAAAUAAAUUUCGGUAUUUAGUACAUAUAAAACAUGCAUGUAUUAAAGUCGAAAUGUUAAGCUGGUAAUAAAAUUGGCACCGUUCAUUGGAACGUUACAUCAUAUUCGUAACGAUUUUCCGUCAUCAAAAUUUCCGCCAAAUUAAACUUCGUAACCACAAUAAUCUAAUUAAGCCAAAAACUGAUUAUCGGUUUUUAGACUACACAAAUUCUGUAAAUUUUUGUCUCUACAUUAUGUCAAAAAUUGUAAAUUGUGAAGUUUAAAACCCUGUAAUUAUUUUGUGGCUAAUUAAUUUAGUUGUAACAUAU